AUGUACAAUACUUUAGGAGAGAAAAUAUAUCAUUCAAAUAUUGGCUCGUCCACAGUAAAGUUAUGUUCUGCGACGAUGGUGGCCGCGAACGACGAGAUCCUGUCAAACUGUGAAGGGCACACUCACAUAGUGACGCAUUACGCCAACCUGUCGUACAAGAACAUACAUUGUGCCAUAAUAUGCAACCAAGUGCUCGGGCAGAACGUCAGGUUUCUGAUGUCUAUAAUGAGGAUCGACAAAAAAAUUGCUGUGCGCAGCUUCACUGCGUUAUUCGUUACUUAA